GGCAAAGAUCACGUAGCUCCUCUAGCAAACUUGGAGUACCGGACCGACUGGAUGCACCAGACACUGGAAAUGAAUAUUGAAUUUUAAAACAACCUUUCAGGGCAAGCUGAUACGAUAUUCAUACUUACCAACCAAACCACAGAAGAAUGAGAUAAACUUACUGUAAGGAAGACCUACUGCUAUCCCUGAAUCGACAGAUCUACGUAUCUCAUAAAUUUGCUGACGUAUUUCUACCAGAUGUUGGUUGUUGAUCUUAUUCAAGUCUUUUAAAAAACAAUUGAGAAAGGAGAUGGCGAGCGUAUGUUGCGUUUCAUCGGUGAGCUGCUGACAGCCUUCCUCCAACUGUGACAGAGCAUUCUUCCAACACUGGCCAUAUUCAGAUAUCUUAAAAUGAUUCGACAGGCAGCCAAGCAAGUUGUAUGUGGCAUAUCUGGUGGAGUUGAUAGUGCAGUUGCAGCACUGUUAUUGAAAAAGAAAGGUUUUCAUGUCACUGGUGCAUUUAUGCGUAAUUGGGAUACGAAGGAUGAAUUUGGAGAAUGCCGAGCCGAUAAGGAUUUAGAGGAUGCCAAGCUUGUUUGCAGUCAUCUCCAUAUACCACUGCAUGAGGUCAACUUCGUCAAGGAAUACUGGAAUGAAGUGUUCACGCCAUUCCUAGAAAAUUAUCAAAAAGCUUGGACUCCAAACCCAGAUAUUCUUUGCAAUAAGUACAUCAAAUUUGAUGCAUUCUUCGAUCAUGCAAUAAACAACUUGGGGGCAGAUUAUGUAGCCACUGGUCACUAUGCAAGAUCAAGUUAUGGUGAAUACAUGGAAAAUUACAACAAAGAAAGUGGUGCAAAGUUAUUGCGAGCAUUGGAUGACUGGAAAGAUCAGACAUUCUUCCUCUCCCAGAUCAACCAACGUGCCUUGCAAAAGACGAUCUUCCCGCUUGGUGAUAUACCUAAAGAAUUUGUCAAGCAGAUUGCUCAUUCCGCUGGCCUCAGUAAGAUUGCUGAGAAAAAAGAGAGUAUGGGAAUAUGCUUCAUUGGGAAGAGGAAGUUCAAAAACUUCAUUGCAGAGUAUAUACCACCAAAACCUGGUCAGUUUGUUGAUGUCGACACCAAACAAGUUCUAGCAGAACAUAAAGGUAUACAUAACUACACUCUUGGACAACGCAUAUCUUGCCCUGGAUUAAAAUUUCCCUACUACGUAGUUGAGAAGGAUGCCAAAACUCAGGAGAUCUUAGUGGCUGCGGGAACAAAUCACCCAGCUCUGUUCACAACAACAGUGUUCACCGACUGUGCCCACUGGAUUCACAGUCCACCAAGGUUGCUUCUUCAGGAUCAAAUGCUUGACUGUCAGAUGAGGUUUCAGCAUGUUCACCCGCUCACUGAUUGUACAUUAACAUUGUGUGGAAAUAACUGUUUGAUUAUAAACAUUGCCCAGCCAAUGAGAGCAAUCACACCGGGUCAGUAUGCUGUGUUCUAUCUCGGUGACGAGUGUCUUGGCAGUGCACAGAUUAUGCAGACUGGGGCAACGCUUUAUACGUUAGGGCAUAGGGAACAGGUCAAUAACCUUCCUGGAUUCACGUGACAAUUGUACCAGGUUACCCCUGGUAUAUUGUUUUAGGAGUUCCAAUUCAAGUUGUGAUAAAUACGAGUGCAGCCUGUAUAUUAGAAAAAACCUCUUCUUUGGCUCACCGUUAGGGGAGUCUAUACAAUAGCCCUGUGUCCGUCGUCCGUUGUCGUCGUCGUAUCCUGUGGCACGUAGAAAUAACCGAGUUGUUGUACACUCCUGUCAUUGUCUUGUCUAUUUAUGUUAAUUUCAAUAAUUACAUUAAAAUCCUUGUUUCA